CAACACGAGAAAAAUUAGUAUUUCCCACCUUCCUGAAAUUAAUGGCCAUGAGUUCCUAUAUGGUGAACUCCAAGUAUGUGGACCCCAAAUUCCCUCCUUGCGAGGAGUAUCUGCAGAGCAGCUACCUGGGCGAGCAGGGCUCGGACUACUACGGGGCUUCGCAGGGCUCCGACUUCCAGCACCAGGGGCUCUACCCGCGGGCCAACUACGGGGAGCAGACUUUCGGCUGCGGAGAGGUCCCGGCCUCGGCGGUGCUGCCGCGGGGUCACGGGCAGGAGCCCCCCGGCCGCUUCCCUGGGCAAGGGGAGCAAUGCCCGCCGCCUCCGAUGCCGGCCGGCAGAGCCUGCAACCAGCAACCCAAUCUCAAGAGCCCCAACGGGCCGGCGGCGGCGCUCAAGCAGCCGGCGGUGGUUUAUCCCUGGAUGAAGAAAGUCCACGUUAACUCGGUGAACCCCAAUUACACCGGCGGGGAACCCAAACGGUCCAGGACAGCUUAUACGAGGCAGCAGGUCCUGGAGCUGGAGAAGGAGUUCCACUUCAACCGGUACCUGACCAGGCGCCGCCGGAUCGAAAUCGCCCACACCCUGUGUCUCUCGGAGCGCCAGAUCAAGAUCUGGUUUCAGAACCGGAGGAUGAAGUGGAAGAAGGACCACAAGCUGCCCAACACCAAGGGUCGCUCCUCAGGGUCUUCCACCGCCCCCGGCCAGCGUUUACAGACCGUUUCUAAGGAGCACCAGACGGACUUGAUCGCUUUAUAG